UCAAUUUAGUAGAAAAUCUCGCGAAGAGUCGCAAUGCGGUGUGGAAUCUAGUUGUCAAAAUGUGGCUCAUUUUAAUCGGGUUUGUCGUUCAUUUGAUAUUUUUCGGCUCCGUGUUCGAUAUAUAUUUUAAAACGCCCAUUAUUCAUGGAAUGACACCUCAUGCACAUACCCAAGAGCCCUCAGCUGAGCGACUGGUACUCAUCGUGGGUGAUGGACUUCGAGCCGAUACUUUUUAUAAUUAUCCCAAUGAAACCACUAGAUCGCCUUUUCUCAGAUCUAUUAUUGAAAAGCAAGGUACUUGGGGGGUUUCUCAUACCAGAGUGCCAACAGAAUCUCGACCAGGGCAUGUGGCUAUCAUUGCUGGCUUUUAUGAAGAUCCAAGUGCAAUAGCUAGAGGAUGGAAGGAAAAUCCUGUGGAGUUUGAUUCUAUUCUCAAUGAGAGCCGUCAUGCAUGGUGCUGGGGAAGUCCUGACAUUCUACCAAUGUUUGCUGCUGGAUCAGAAGUAGGACACAUUGAAACAUUUAUGUAUGGAGCAGAAGAAGAAGAUUUUGCCAGUGGCGAUGCUUCACGACUGGAUAGAUGGGUGUUUGAUCAUGUAGAAGCAUUCUUCAAGGAAGCUGUAAAUGAUAAGAAGUUAUAUGACAGGCUUCAUGAAGAUCGAAUUAUGUUCUUCCUCCAUUUGCUUGGGAUUGAUACAAAUGGCCACGCCCACAAGCCAUAUUCAGAAGAAUAUUUACAAAAUAUUGAGAUUGUUGAUAAAGGAGUCAAAAGAGUUGUGAAGAUAUUUGAGGACUUUUAUAAAGAUAAGAAAACGGCAUAUGUAUUUACAUCAGAUCAUGGAAUGACUGACUGGGGGUCUCAUGGUGCAGGCGAUCCAAGUGAGACUGAGACACCAAUUGUUGCUUGGGGUGCAGGAGUUGCUCAUCCUAAGGAUCCCUCUGAAUUUAAGGAAAAAAUGAUGUAUGAUUCACGUGUCGAGAAGUGGGGUUUGACACAUGUCAGAAGACAUGAUUUACACCAAGCUGAUCUGGCUCCUCUCAUGUCAUCCAUCUUAGGUAUUCCUAUACCUGUCAAUAACAUGGGUAUAUUGCAUAUGGAGUAUCUUGAAUCCUCAGAGCUAUACAAGGCUGAUGCUUUAUUUGCAAAUGCCCGUCAAAUGCUUGCGCAGUACCAGCAGAAGAGAGCUCAGAAAGAGCAGGAAAUUUUGCCAAUGUUUUAUUGGCCCUAUACCAUUCUUUCGCCCGACAAAGAACUGGAGUUGCUAAAGCAGAUAAGAAACAACAUAAGAAGUUCUAAUUUCAAAGAGGCAAAUGAUGAGAGUUUGCAUUUAAUAUCCAUGACCCAGCAAGGAAUGGACUACUAUCAGAACUAUGAUCGUUUUGCUUUGUCAAUUCACAUUGCCUUAGGAUUUUUAGGAUGGAUUUUUUUAAUGAUAUGUCAUCUUUUAAGGGAUCAUAGUGCUGUAUUAAGAAUGGCUGGUGGUACUAUUGAGGGCCGAAGAGUGUCUAGAUCAUCUGUGUUGCUUGCCCUCAUUCUGUUAGUUUGGGGCAUAACAAACAUCACCAAAUUGCUAGCUCAUCAGCAUCCUUGGCAGCACUACUUAUACUUCCUGACUCCAGUUGGAUUAUGGAGCUUGGUGCAUCAAAGUUGUGCCUCACUUCGUGUUACUUGGUUGCUAUUAUCUUCCUUUUAAUAUGGUUUGGAAAUUGCCAUACGAAUGAUAUCAAUUUUCCUAGGAAUUGAAAUACUGGUGAUGGCAUUUUUCAUUCGGCCCAUGCUCUCUCUGGGACUUAUUUGUAUUGGGCUGUGGCCAGUGAUUAUGUAUUCAAUGCAGGGCACAGUAGAGAAGUCAAUGCGUCUUGUAUGGAUUGGCGCUUGCAUUCUUUUGGCUUCCUUCACUUAUAUGCCUGUAGUAGGCAAAGAGCCUUAUUACCCAAUGGUGGAGUUUGCUGGUCUGAUGGCAUUUUCACUUGGAGGUAUUGGCAUUUAUUGUGUUGACAUGGGCCAAUCAAAAAUAAAGCGCAGGAUAAAGAAAAGAAGGUGUGGAAGUGAUGGUGGCCUUCCAAGGAAUAUCCCUUCCGUGGUAUAUGUUCAAGGGGUGAUGGUCUUGGUGUCUGUGUAUUUGGUUCACACGACUGCCUUCAGCAUCAAACAAAAAGAGGGUCUUCCUUACACAAACCAAAUGACUGCAUGGGGAAUAUUAAUUCUGUCAUUUCUCCUACCACUUUUGGGCUCUCGGAAUGUCAUGGGACGACUCCUGUCUGUAACUGCAGCCCUUUUAUGCCCAUUUUUAUUGCUCUGUAUCAGACAUGAAGGGUUCUUUUACAUUGCACUCACCAUUGCAAUGUUUCUAUGGCUUAUUCUGGAAUUCUAUCUUGCUGGAGAAAAUGUUCAGAUUGCAAUGCUGAAAUUUGCAUCCUGGGAUAAAGAAGCACCUGAAACUUCAGAAAGAGUGCUAGAGUGGUCAGAUGUUCGACGAGCAUACUUCUUUCUGUUCUUCAUAAUACUGGCCUUUUUUGGAACAGGUAACAUUGCCAGCAUAAACAGCUUUGAUCCAAGUUUUGUUUACUGUUUUGUUACUGUAUUUUCACCAUUCAUCAUGGGUGGUUUGCUGUUAUUCAAGAUUAUCAUCCCCUUUUUACUAGUCACAUGUUUCUUCCAUGCUAUUUGCACCCUUAUCGAGGUUCCAACAAGAGCACUCUUUUAUGUUUUCCUGGUUAUGUCCGACUUCAUGGCUCUCCAUUUCUUCUUCCUCAUCCGUACUGAGGGUUCAUGGUUGGACAUAGGCACGUCCCUUAGCCAUUACAUCAUUUCUAUGGCUACUACACUUUUCCUGAUACUAUUACUUUUUAUCUCCAAGUUUCUUACAACUUUUACAAUUUUAAAGACAUCUAAGGAAGGUGAUUGUGUUUUACCAAGGGUCUCAGUUAGUAGACCUCAUAGGGAUUAAUACAGUUUUAUGGCUAAACAGAUUUAAUUUUAUUUAGAAAAUUUUAGAUAUACAUGUUUGCCUUAAAAAAAAAGACAGUUGUUCUUAAUUGUCCAAGUUGGACAAGUUAUUGUGAAUCAAUUCACAAAGGUAGUGAUUUUUCAAAGUAAAUGGUACUAUGUA